AUGUGCCGCAAGACUGCCCCUGUACAGCACUUCUCUUCGAGGGGAGCUGUCGACGUCGUACCGGAGCAGCAGGCCUCCACUCAGUUGAACUCAACUUCAAGCUCAUCAGUGUUAUCUUCGCAUAGUCCUUUGUUGUCCGUGCUCACAGUUAGCACCUCAUCCAGAAAAGACUUAGUCAUCCACGCUGUGGUCGAUGGUGUUACCCUGCGACUACUGGUGGAUACAGGAGCGUCUGUAUCUUUGAUGACUGCAGAAGACUUUCAGCGUCAUUUCAGCAAACAGCACAGCCUGUCCAAAGUUGUAGUCGACUUGCGAAACUUCUCCAACCAGCGCAUCGGGAUCCUUGGCUCCUUCCAAGCUCCAGUGAAAGAGUUGCAGCGGUCUUGCUCCGUGGUCUUCUACGUCACCGAUAAGGACACAUCGCUUUUGGGCCUUGACGCCAUUCAGCGACUGGGCAUCCAGAUUGACGGCGCGUCGUUAACGUGUCGACUCGCAUCAUGUGAAGUGCAGUGUCCCUCCAACGUGCCUUCGGGCUUCCAGCAGCUUUUCAGCGAAGAGUUGGGUCUCGUCAAGAGUUUCAUUCAUCGCAUUCAACGGCGGCCAGGUGUGACUCCGGUUGCAUUCAAGCUGAGACGUCUCCCUCUGGCUCUUCGCAAUCAGGUGGUGACCGAGUUGCGACGACACGAGGACUCGGAUGUUAUCGAACGCGUCGACGCUUCCGAGUGGGUCUCGCCGCUCGUCGUCGUCCGCAAGAAAAAUGGAAGCAUCCGGCUGUGUGUAGAUCUCAGGGAACCGAAUAAGGCAAUUAUCAUCGAGGGGUAUCCUUUGCCGCACGUUGAAGAGUUGUUGCAGAUGUUUCAUGGAGCCACUUGUUUUUCUAAGCUAGACUUAGG